AUGCGACCUUGUACUCCUCUUUCAAAUUUGUGCGUGUCACAGAAUGACUGUCAACGAUACUAAAGGGCAAUCUAAAGAGAAUGCUGUUGAUAAAAAAAGUUCAAAGCCAGCAGAAAAGGUGGAUGUAGCGAUAUUGGAAGAGGAUGAUGACUUUGAAGAGUUUCCAGCACAUGCAUGUUCUGGUGUUCCUGCUGGUGAAGAAGCUACACUUUGGGAAGACAACUGGGACGAUGAUAUAGUAGAUGAUGAGUUUACUCACCAGUUGAGAGCUGAAUUUCAGAAGCAGGGGAAAGCAUUUGUCGUACCUGAAAUUUCCGCGAAUUUCGAUUAAUGUUAUUCAAAUGCCUAUUAAAAAUUUUCUCUAAUAAAUUCAAUCGUUCUGGUUUGCUC